CACCUGCAAUAAAAUAGAAACAAAUGAUGCAAAAAUUCAAUUUUUCCAACAGAGGAAAAAAAUCAGCUAAUUAGAUAAUGUAUAAUACAUUCCUAAAAAUGAGGAAUUUAGCAGCACUGAAAAUGAUUUUAAGGAAAGUAGACCAAAUAUUAUUCUAUAGCAAUUGUAUUUUACCAUGUGCGGGGAAAGGGGAAGAGAGAGAUGGAGAGGGGGAGGAAGAGGACAAAUCAAUGGAGGGGCCUCUCCAGUGCAUACACGUAUUCUAUGUAUCUCCUCUCCCCCAAGUCCUCACGGGAAUCCAGAGAAACAGACAUAAUAUAAUGAAGCUGCAGGGCGUACACCUUGCUUUGCUGGAUUGCAUGUGAAGCUUCUCUCUCUCUCCUCGGUAUCUCUCGGAUUCAGACAUAUGGUAUAGAGAGAGAGGUCUGGCUUCCUCCCUCUCUCUCUCUACCCAACUGGCAGUUUUAAUUUCAUCUGAAUGAGGAAACCGAGAUGAUGUUCCAAGGAUGGAAUGGAGAGAGGACAAGACUGGUCUGGGAUACGGGUAUAAUUCAAAGUCUUCUCAUCCCAUCCUCAAACUACUCUACUGCACCACUGGAGCAGCAGGGAGAGAGAAAGAGAACUCCACACCACUCCCAUUUUCAUCAAGCAGCACUGAGGAUGAAGAAAGCUGGCGGCUUGGAAGAGUUCAUGGAUGAGGAAGAGAGAUCCGAUUCUGAAUGCAGCAGUGGCUGUCAAUCUGGCUGGACUCUUUACUUAGGCCAGUCGCAGGAGAGCUUCACCGUCUCUGUUCGAGUAAGAACAGGGGAGGAAGAAGAAGAGGAGGACUUGUCUAUGCUUUCUGAUGCUUCUUCUGGUCCACCCCUUGUUCACGAGGACAACAACAUCAGAUACUGCUGCUGCUGCUGCUGCUACAAUGAAGGAGAUGGCUGCUUUGCUAACUAUAGAGACAAGAGAAGAAGCUCUGAAGAAGAGAAGGAGAAGAAACUGUAUUUCAGUUUGGAAGACACUGCCAGCUCUCCUCUCUUUUCCUGCUACAAGGCUACCAACACCAUCACCUGCAGCAACAAAAAGAAAUCUGAAAGCCAUUUUAAGGGGAAGAAUGAGUUGCAGAAGCAAUUGGGUUAUAUUCAUUCUUUCUGCACGUGUGAAUCCAGCACUGGUUUGCAGAGGUAGAAAGAAAGUGCAGAGAAUCAACAGACUCUGAGAUCCCUCCAUGGCCUCUUCUGGAACAAAGAUUGAUCGUGCAUUCUCUCCUAUUUUAUUAGUUUUAGGGUUCAUGAAUGUUGAACAAGAUGAAGGCCUGUGGGUUUGUUUCAUUUUUGGGCCAUAUUGAGACAUGUCCCAUGGAGGAUGCCACAUUCUCUGUUCUGAUCCGCAAGCCUACGUAACACAUCCUUAAAGAGCAAAUCAUGCCAUGCCAUGGAUGAGUUUCUAUGAAAAAAGUAAUAUGAGCAAAGAAUGUAAUCUUACUUCCUUUUUA